AACAUUUCCCUAACCAACAAAAAACGAUGAUGAGUUGAUAAAGAAAUGAUAAUUUUCAAAUUAUGUAGAUAGUAAGAAGGUGAAAUUAAGUAGUAUUAAUAAUGAAGUCUUUAGUCUUUCUUCUACUUUGUUUCCUCAAAAUUGUAACCUGUAUAGAAAUGGAAUUAACAAUUAGUAUCGAUGCCGGAAAAGAAGAUUGCUAUUUCCAUUCAACAAAAACAGGAGAUGUAAUUGAUAUUGAAUAUCAAGUCCUAGAUGGUGGACAUGGUGAUUUAGAUAUAACUUUCCAUUUAGCGGAUCCGAAUGGUAGAAUAUUAGUGGCAGAUUACAAGAAAUCCGAAAAUAACCAUCGAGUAGACGCUGCAAUGGAUGGGGAUUUCAAGUUUUGCUUCGACAAUACUUUCAGUUCCUUCAACACGAAAACGGUGUUCUUCGAACUUAUAAUAGAAAAUGAUGAUAAUAGUGAAUGGGGAAAGGAAGAACUCAACUUCCAAGGAUUAAACGAGCAAUAUGAAGUGACGAUCGAUGAUGUUCAGGAAAGAAUAAAUACAGUUCGCACAAACUUGAAUAAAAUCAGACACUUUCAAGAUCAAUUCAAAUCUUUGGAAGUGAGGGACCGAAAUGUAAUAGAGGAGGUGUUCUUUUUCGUGAACGCUUAUUCUUUUUUGCAGCUUGUUAUCAUGAGUGUCGUUGGUUUGGUACAAGUAAUAAUGAUUAAGAGCUUAUUUGAUGAAUCAUCAAAGGUGCAUAUUUUAUGGAAACAUAUUGGGUUGUCAAAGUGAGGUUUUCCUUUGUAAUAGAAAAUUAUGAGCAAUAUUGUAAAAUGUGAUUUUGGAGGGAUUGUUUUAAAUUAUAUUAAUUUUAUUAUUCUAAUUAAAUCUUAAAUCAAUCACAACUAUGUGCCAGUAUGCAUGAAUUAACAUUUACUCAAUUUUUUUUCGACUGAAUGAAUAUGUGAUGAAAUAACUCUUAAACCAAAGUCAAAUGUUACUUUUUUCCUCAAGUAUAUCAAGUUUUUGGUAGGAAAAUGGUAUUGUGAAUACUAAACGUAGAAGGAUUGGCAAAUUUUUGGUGAUCAACGUCAAUAGUGUGCAUUGUGUGUCAUUUAUUUAAUUUAUGUGAUUAUUUUGUUUGUUCAAUUUGAAUAAAGCAAAAACCGAC